AAGUGUGAAUCUUACAUAAUUUACAUGUAUGAAUAUUAUUAAUAAUUAUUCAACUAGUGUUUACGUCACAAUUGGUAAUGCUUGUCAUCUUAAAUUUGAUUGCGAUACAAAGGAUCUGAACGAACCAUAUCCUAGAAAAACGCAAAGUGAUCAGCGAAUUGUCAGGAUGAUCGAGCAUAAUUUUCCACCUUUGAAAAAUGAUCGAAUCCUCAAGGCGGCACGUGGAGAACCAGUCGAUAGAAUACCUGUUUGGGUUAUGAGACAAGCUGGGAGAUAUCUUCCAGAAUUUCAGCAAGUCAGAGCACAACAUGACUUUUUCACCGUUUGUCAAACUCCAGAAUUGGCAUGCCAAGUGACUUUACAGCCGAUAGAACGAUUUGAUUUGGAUGCUAGCAUAAUAUUCUCAGAUAUACUAGUGAUCCCACAGGCGAUGGGCUUGAAAGUUGAGAUGGUAGCAGGAGUAGGUCCAGUCUUGCCUCAGCCCUUAGCCAAUCCUAAUGAUAUUGCAAGACUUGUACGACCAAAUGUAGAAGAAGCUCUAAAAUAUGUUGGAGACGCUAUAACAUUGACUCGACAUAAAUUAAAUGGGAGAGUGCCUUUAAUAGGAUUUAGUGGAGCACCUUGGACUUUGAUGGGCUAUAUGAUUCAAGGAGGAGGCAGUUCUACAAUGGCAAAGGCGAGGUCCUGGUUGUACAAGUAUCCAGAAGACUGUCACAAAUUAUUACAGAUGAUUACGGAUGUUGUUGUGGGUUAUUUAGUAAUGCAAGUGAAAGCUGGUGCACAGUUACUUCAAAUAUUUGAAAGCAAUGGAGACUAUCUAGAUGAUGCAUUGUUUUUAAAUUAUUCCUUUAAAUAUCUCAAACAAAUAAGUGAGCGUGUACGAAAGCAAUUAAAAGAAGAAAAUAUUCCAGAAGUGCCUAUGAUUGCUUUCCCGAAAGGUGCAACCAUGAAUUCUUUAAAAAUUCUUGCAAAAGAUGAAAGUUAUGAGGUUAUAGGCCUUGAUUGGACUGUAAAUCCCACAGAAGCCAGAAAAGAGCUUGGGCCUAAUGUUACAUUACAAGGUAAUAUGGAUCCUUGCGCAAUGUUUUCUUCCCAGGAUGAAAUUGUUGAACGUGCACGAAAAAUGGUGUCAACUUUUGAUAAAAAUCGAUAUAUUGCUAACUUGGGACAUGGUAUUUUGCCGGACACUCCCAUUCUAUCCAUGGAGGCAUUUAUUAAAGGUGUGCAUUCUGCAUAAUAUAUGCAUGUUUGCAUAUAUAUGCUUUACAAUAACAAAUAUACAGUAUAUAGUAUGCAUUUAUUAUAAAACAUUAUAAAUA